AUGGAGGGCCGAGAAGACCCUGACUCUGAUAUACGCAAGAUCUGCUCACAUCUCGAGCGGUCAAAUCGACCAUCGGCGCUCGUCAUGAUGAUGUUGAAGGACGACAUUAAGAAUGGUAACGCCAUUGAAGAGUCCAACAAGGCCCCAGCAAUUGGCAGUUACUUGCACAAGAAGGAGAUGAGUCGCCAAGAUCAGGACAAGAAGAGGAGGGGCGGCAGCCGCAGCCGCGGCAGGGGCAGCCCGCGACGGAACCGGAGCAGGACUCGCAGGAUGGGGGACCGGGACCGCAGAAGCCGAAGCCGCCGGCGGAGCCGUUCCCGGGACAGGUGA